AGCUAAGUGAAAAUGAAAUCAGAGCAUUUCCUCAUUUCUCAGCUCAUGUGAUUGGAUCUGCGAGUCGCAGCUGCGAUCACUGGAUGUGUGAGCCCCUGCGUGCACCAGCCCUGGGGUGGCAGUGGGGACAUUGGACGGGCCCCUGGCAUCCCUCCACUGGUGUCUGUGCUCCCUGAGCUGGCAGAAGGCUGCCCAGGUGCUGUAAAACACGGCGGUCAAGCACAGCCCCGCUCCAGCUCUGAGCCCGUGGCUCCCAGUGUGUGUGCGGCAUUGCACCAGCUCCCCAGGCCCGGCCGCGCAAGAUGGAGCUGCUCGUGUGCGUUGCCUUCCUGGCCGUGCUGGCAGCAGCGCUGGGGCAGCCUGACCCCACGCUGGACUGGCACUGGCAGCUCUGGAAGAAAGCCCAUGGUAAAGAGUACCGUCACCAGAAAGAGGAAGGGGAGCGACGCAUGACGUGGGAGAGGAACCUGCGCCUUGUGACACUGCACAACCUGGAGCACUCCCUGGGGCUGCACUCCUAUCAGCUGGGCAUGAACCACCUGGCUGACAUGACCAGUGAGGAAGUGUCUGCUCUGCUGACUGGGCUGAAAGUUCUCCACAGACACAACCGGACCUCCACGUACCAACCACAGCCAGGUGGCAGCAUCCCGGACACCGUGGACUGGCGGGAGAAGGGCUGUGUCACGGAGGUGAAGAACCAGGGUGCCUGCGGGUCAUGCUGGGCCUUCAGUGCCGUGGGAGCCCUUGAAGCCCAAGUGAAGCUGAAAACGGGGAAGCUGGUGUCCCUGAGUGUACAGAACCUGGUUGACUGCUCCAUGAUGUAUGGGAACAAGGGCUGCAGUGGAGGUUUUAUGACCAGUGCUUUCCAGUACAUCAUAGACAACAAUGGGAUUGACUCGGAUGAAUCCUACCCAUACAUGGCUCAGAACGGGACAUGUCAAUAUAACGUUUCCACACGAGCUGCCACUUGCUCCAAGUAUGUUGAGCUCCCAUAUGCUGAUGAAGCAGCCCUGAAAGAUGCUGUAGCCAAUAUUGGACCAGUCUCUGUUGCCAUCGACGCAACCCAGCCCACGUUCUUCUUGUACAAGUCAGGUGUGUACGAUGACCCACGGUGCACACAGGAGGUGAAUCAUGGAGUACUUGUGAUUGGUUAUGGCACCCUAAAUGAUAAGGAUUACUGGCUUGUGAAAAACAGCUGGGGUGUGCAUUUUGGUGACAAUGGCUAUAUCCGCAUGUCAAGAAACCAUGCAAACCACUGCGGGAUUGCCAGUUAUGCCUCUUACCCACAAAUAUAGAAGGACCUCAUGCUUUGGAGAGGACUCCUGUGGCUUCAGUUAAACUGCUGAUGCUGUGCUUGCGUGAAUCUACUGACUUCAAGAAUCAUUUUCUGUCUCUAUGGGCAAAAUCCUUCUGUUAGGUUAGCCUGUUCUACAGAAUGAGAGAGGGUCCUUUGUGUGGAUCUGGUGUGAGGAUUUUGGAGUAUGAUUUAGAGACACCCAUUGACCUCUUUUUGGAGGAAAAAAAAAAAAA